UAUAUAGUUUGAAUCAAUCGUUGAGCAGUAACAUCGAUCGAUCUCGCGUUCGCGUGCAGUGCAUCGGAUCAGAUAUUACCAACGCCGGUCGCUCAAUUCCAUCCAGCCCGGUCGAUCCACGUUGGCCGACCUACGUGUCGACCGUUUCGACUGUCUCAGUCACGUACCUGCUGAUCGGCCGCGUCUCGCGGCGUCGUGUUAUCGAGUUUGUGCGGUUUAUCACACACAUCUCUACUUGUCCUCCCUUCCUCAUACUUCCUCUACUCCCACUAUUUCCUUCUCUCUCGCUCCGAUCCAUUCUUCGUUUUUCGUGGAUGCUUUUCUGGAUUCCCGCGGGUAGGGCGCGGACGCACGCGAGCGCAUAUGGGUGCAAGCAAGUAGCGUGGCAAGGCGGUAAGGGCAGGGCGCGCGCUGUGGACAGCGGAGCGGAGCGAGGGCAGUGUGAGGCGAUCAGCCAAGAUAAAGCGCAAGCGAGAGCUACGAAACUGAGUGGAGGCGCGCGCGUGCGACGUCGUGUCGUGGCGCGCGAGAGGGCUGUGCUGAGACUGCUGAGAGUGCUGAGGCGACGCGCGAGAAUAGCCGACGCGGAGUAGCGUGACUUGAGAGCUCCGGAAUAUAUGCGGCAUGGAGACCCUCGAAUCGAGCCGCGUUUGCCGCCUUUGCGGCCAGCACUCGGGCAUCUCGAUCAACAUCUUCGACGAGACCGAGAAUCACGUUCGCAAAAUCAACGCUGUGCUGCCGAUCAUGGUGCACGAGAUGGAUUUACUGCCGAAGCAAAUGUGCCACCGGUGCAGCUACAAAUUGGAGGAAUUCCACAAGUUCUACGUGGACUGCCUGAAGACGGAUGCGGCGCUCAAAAGUCAACUGUCGUGGAUGCGGAAGGGUGGCGUUAGGGAGAAAGUUGGCGUACCGAUGGUGCACAUCGAGAACAUGAAGGAGAUCAAAGCGGAGCCGCUCGAUUACGACGUAUACGAGCUGGAGCCAUUGGUGGAGAACAUCGACUACAUUAACUCGAUGAACUCGGUGACGUUUCCGACCGGCAGUAUUCACAAUGGGUUGACGUACACGACGUUCUCUCGAUGUUGCUGUGAUAAGAAGGAUCAGAACAGAUCGAGAAGAACAACAGCGGAACUCUGUCAGAAUUAUCAAGGACAAAUGGAUAAAUGCGGUAAAAUCACGAAUGUCUCGCAGAAUAAGACUUUCGAGGACGCUGCACAAUUAAAACCGAUUAAGCGAAAUCUCUUUACGCAGUCAGUGUUCCCAGAUUGCCCGCAGAAUCGUCUGCAGCAUGUCGAGAACACUGUCGAAAAUGUACGAGAUCGUCUGGUCACAAAUAUGAGUACCAAAGAUGACGUAGCCACUUCGGAAACGCGGAACCAUUGUCAUGGUGGACUCAAGAGAACGCUUCCUAAGAAUCAAGCGGUAGCCAGGAGCACAAUAGUGCGGAACCUGAGACCCAGGAAGAAUCUGAAUUACGCGCAGGAUAAAGGCAAAAUAUCGAGUGUCAAUCCGAGACCAUCUACAUUGAUCAAGUCAAAUGUUUCUGAGGCGACAUCCUCUCCGAACUUUGAGCUGAUGCGGCAGAUCAAGGUUGAGUUGAUAGACGAGUUCGAAGGACGCAACUUAAGGCCGAGGAGGAAUGUUGUGGAUUAUCAGGAGCCAAAGAUGAAGAAGGUUUCGGAGUCUCGUACGAAGAAGCGCAAAUUAAACGAGAAAAGCUCAAAAAAUGGCAGGACGUCGAACACUCUGGAUUUCAAGAUAAAGCAAGAAGUUCAAGACGAUUUGGAGAAUACGAUGCUCAGUGAAACAACCAAUGCGACGCCACAAUUACCGAGCAAGUUUGUCACUUUACCCGCGAAGAUUCAACCAAUGACGAAUGACAAUGGCAUCAAUCUGCGAGAUGACUAUCUCAAGUCGCGAUUUCGGGAUCAGUUUCAAUUGACCGAACGAAAUUCACUUUCCAACAUCAUGAGGAAUAAGCUAGCGAAGACAAAGAAGACGUAUCAGUUUCCCAAGGCAAAUUGUUCGCCAAAGUAUCUGAGAAGUCAGGAUGUCUAUCUGAGGAACGGUAAAUCAAGGAAUAACACGGAGUGGUCAGUGAAGAAACUGCAGACGAGAAAGUUGAUAAACACGAUCAACAAGAACGCGAAAAAAUCACCGAUGUUGAAGUUAUCCGAAAAUAUCAAGCAUUAUUGCGAAUCGUGCAACGUCAAAUUUAUAAACAAAGAAUUAUUCAGAUUGCAUGCGUGUUAUUACGAUUGAUCUUUUGCGACAAGCACGAAAUCAACGAACUGUUUGAGAAUCGUUCGAAGGAUUAAGAUGCCUUCUAGAUAUCUCUGCUAACAUUUAAAAAAGAUUAGGACACUUCGCAAUGAAGUGUAAAAGAUGCAUAAAU